ACUGGAAUGUUCCAGAAGGAGCCCCAGAGGCGCCCUGUAGGGGGCAGUGUGAGGAGAGCGACCCCCCCGAGAGAGCCAGCUGAAUCUCAGACCUCCCCGGGCCAGUCAGAUGCCAGGACUCAUGGACACACUGAAGCACGGACCGCUGAGGAAGACCAGGCGCCCUCUGGAGAUGGUGGUCCUCCUGGUCUUGCUCACAGCCACAGGCUUACCGCUGACCGUCGAAGCUCUCAACUGUCAUGUCUGUGAGGAAGAGAACAGCCUUAACUGCACGAAUCCACAGACAUGUUCUGAUGAGCAAAAGUUCUGUGUGAUGGUUGCUGCUCGAUUGUUGGAACGUUUCUACAUUUCAUCAAAACAGUGCACCAAAACCUGUCUAAUCCCUCCAUAUUUCCCUCCUGCCCCUGAGGAAAGUUCUGAUGCUGGACCGCCCCAGCCUAAGAACUUUGUGGUCCAAAAACCCUUGCCCUUCUUAUAUUCAAAGUGCUGUAAAUGGGACUUGUGUAAUCAGCAUGGGCCACACCUCUUAUAUUACAAGGAGCAGCCUGGAAAAGCCAGUGAGAGAAGACACAGACACACUGAGCUGUUCCUGCCUGGCUUCAUGGUCCUUAUUGCUGCUGUGCUCACAGCCCUCAGCCUGCAGUAAGUAAGCUACAGAUGGACCCGGAGCAUGCCUUGUGGGGCAUGAAUUCCCCGUACCCUGCUGGACCCUUCUAAUUAAAUUCGUUUCCCUUUGUUCA